AUGGAAGAAAUGAAUGCCCAGCAAACCUUUGAAUGUGAUCCUUCUCGUCCACAAGAGCACUCCAUAUAUCCCUUCAGCGGUCUCAUCGUCGCCAAAAACAUGCCAUCCAACUCUAAGAACAACAAAAUGGCAUCCUUAGUCGGCAACCCCAAUUCAACUGUUCGCACUGCUACAGCGCGCCAUAUGUGGACUUACAAGCAACAAUUGCUCGUCCGCGUUCUUCUCGUAGAGUACCUCCACGAGAGAGCACUAAUUGAGAAGCAAGAUCGCAAAGUCAUCUCCGACAUCUUCGCAGAGCUGAACCUCAACGCAAGGGUCUUUAAGUGGAGUGAUUUUGCAGCUCUCGAGAGAAAUCAAACGACCAAGGAUCAGCAGCGCGCCUGGCGUUCAGGAGAUUGGCAGGGCCAAGCAUACCCGCAAGAAGAUCGCGAGCUAAUGAUAGAGCUACGAGAGGGGAUUAACGAGAGUGCUGCUUUUAAGCGCUACAGGGCUGAAGUCAAGGAGAGGACUGGGUCAGAUGGAGAGGAUUGUGGCAUCCUUGAGGGAGAUGAUGCCGUGGCGGAGGAGGCGAUUGAUCAAGAUGGAGACGAUGAUAGUGACGUGACUAUGAAAUAA